CAACAAACAAAAAAGAAGAACGUGUCGAAGGCGAAAGGAAAACCUUCAAAAAUAAAAAUGUCAUUUGAAUAAUAUUUACGUUUACGUUUACUAUUCACAAAUAUCAGAAAAAGUCCGGUAAAUAGUUACAAGAAUAUUUAAUUGUUAAGAUUUUUAUAUGAGUCUAUCAGGAACUUUAUAAUUUAAAUAGAAUAGCUUUGGUAAUGUUAGAAUGGAAAAACAGCAACUUCUAGUGACAACUAAGGAAAUAGAAAAUAAUGUGAAGAAAGAAAUAUCUAUAGAAAAACAUAAUAAAAAGGGACUUACGAGUAUUAGAGCAGUAACAUUUUUAUUACUGUGGUAUUUUUUUAGCGGAUGUACAUUGUUUCUGAAUAAAUAUAUUUUGAGCUAUGAAAAUGGUAACCCCGCUAUAUUAGCUGCAUGUCAGAUGUUGAUGACUGCAACUUGUGGAUUUAUUCAAUUAUAUUUCCCAUGUGGAAUGUACAAACCUACACAGCGUUUAAGUAAACCACCAGGAUUUUUUAGACAUAUGGUUUUAGUUGGGUGCUUUAGGUUUUUCACAGUUGUACUUGGUUUAAUAGCUUUAAAUUAUGUUGCUGUAAGUUUUACAGAAACUAUAAAAAGUUCUGCACCUCUUUUUACAGUAUUGAUUUCCAGACUUUUACUAGGAGAACAAACUGGUUUAUAUGUAAAUUUAAGUCUCCUUCCAGUGAUGUCAGGAUUAGCGUUGUGUUCCAUAAAUGAAGUCAGUUUUGAAUUGACAGGAUUUAUGGCAGCCAUGGCUACAAAUGUCACUGAAUGUGUACAGAAUGUUUAUUCAAAGAUGCUCAUAUCUGGGGACAAAUUUAAGUACACCCCUGCCGAGCUUCAAUUCUAUACUAGUAUAGCUAGUAUAAUAGUACAAAUACCCGCGACGCUGCUAAUGGUGGAUUUCGAUGCGAAUGAAAAAAUUGGAUACAAAUUAGUUUUAUCGUUCAUUUUGAAUGGAAUAUUUUUUCAUUUUCAAAGCAUAACGGCGUAUGUACUUAUGGACUAUAUUAGUCCUGUAACACAUAGUGUGGCAAAUACCGCAAAGCGAGCGUUUUUAAUAUGGCUGUCGGUGAUCAUGUUUGGCAACCCAGUGACGCUGCUCAGCGGUUUAGGCACAAUAACUGUGAUAGUCGGUGUUUUGUUGUACAUAAAAGCACAAGAAUAUGAUAAUAAUGAUAAAAUGUCGUCCGGUAGCCUAGUACAUAGGAAGCGUGUGAAGGUGUAUAGCAUAAAGUUUUUAUGCUAA